CUGUGCUGCUGCUGGGGACAGAGGCGCUCCAUUGUCAGCAAGAACAGAGCAGCUGUCAGGGGCCAGGCCGGGUCCCUGGGGCGGUGGUGAGGGGCCCCGCCGCAGGACGGGUGUGAGGAGCUGUCACUGACUCUUCUGGGUGUGUGGGAGUGUGUGUGGGGGGGUGUCCCCUUCUGCUGUGGCUCAGGUGCAAAGGGGGGGCUGCCCCUAACCCCUGCGGCGGGGGCCCACAAUGAGCUCCCAGGAGGAUCAGUUCCAACAAGCAGUUCCUGCCCCAGCUGCCUCUUCGGCGGACGAUGGCAUGACCUGGUGGUACAAGUGGCUGUGCAGGAUCGCCGGUGUCAUCGGGGGCGUGUCCUGCGCACUUGCUGGCCUUUGGAACUGCGUGACCAUCAACCCCCUGAACAUAGCGGCUGGGGUGUGGAUGAUGUUAAAUGCCUUUAUCCUGUUCCUGUGCGAAGCUCCAUUCUGCUGCCAGUUUAUUGAAUUUGCAAACGCGGUGUCUGCGCGGGCGGAUAAGCUGCGGCCCUGGCAAAAAGCUGCCUUCUACUGUGGCAUGGCCGUGUUUCCAGUCAUACUCAGUCUGACGCUGACCACGUUACUGGGAAAUGCUAUCGCUUUUGCAACAGGAGUGCUGUACGGCUUGUCGGCGCUUGGCAAAAAAGGGGAUGCCAUUUCCUAUGCAAGAAUCCAGCAACAGCAGAAGCAAGCGGAUGAGGAGAAGCUAACGGGGACUCUGGAGGGGCAGGCGCUGUAGAAUUCCCUCCUGGGUGACCCUCCUGCGGAGCCACUUCCUGCCGACACUGAGACUUUAAAAACGCAGUGGAAAUCCGUUCUGACACGAAUCUGAUCCCUCUUCUAUCAAUUCCUUGGUGGACUUUCCAAACACUGCAGCAACUAGAAUUCCAAGGGGCAAGAGGUGACACUUUGCUCUCCAAAAUAACCUCGAAAGAGCCUCAAAUGGAGGCAUCUCAGUCUGUGAGUAUUGCACAUUGCAACUGGAAGACGCAGGUUUCCCUGGGAAGAAGCCUCUUGUGUGAUUAGCUGCCCUGCCCAGCCCAGGUUAUACCCAGCACCAAAGAUCUGAAAAUCCCUUUUUGCCACCAGGUGGGUGUGACUUAAAUCUCAGCUGACUCUUCAAGUGCUGCUUAACCAAGCCGAUAGUAGGUACCCAUUCCUCAGCAAGGUCCCUGGUUCACCAUGGGGGAUCGUGAUGUACAAUGGGGUUUUUGCUGGAGAACAUGUAGCGGGCCACGAUUUCACUUGGGGGCUAGUCUGGGAAUUGCCUGAGAAGAGAUGGAAGAUGUACCAGGAGCCCUGUGUUAUGGAUUCCUGGCUGCUGGAAGGUGAAUUAGGAACACUGGGCAAGCUCUUACCCUCCCAACUGAGAUGCUUUCUCCUCGUUCCAGAGUGCACUAUGGGGCCAGUUCCCGGUCCCACUGAAGUGAUUGGGAGGUUGCCCAUUGGCCCUGGCUUUUUGUGCAUUACAAGUCUUUAGUGGUGCUCUUUGGUACAGAUUUUUAAGGGUGUACUAUGCUAAUCUUGGGUGUAAUGAUAUACAGUAAUGCAGAUGCUUGAAUGGAUUGUGUUAGGAACUAAUUGAUCCUUGGUGUUGCUUUCUUUUAGGGUUUUAGAUGAGGGGCAGUUAGGUCAGGAAUUACUGCCAAUGAGCAAAACACCUUUGACAGCACAAAAGUAACUUAAGACAAUAACAAACCCUCCAGAGACCUGAUCGGAAGCCCACAGAAGUUAAUGGAGAGACUCCCACAAUCUUGAAUGGAUUUUGGAUCAGGUCCUAAUACGUGUAAAGCACAACCUCCACAUCCCUCUGAGUUUAGCUGCAGGCAGCGCCUGCGUUGUACAGAGGACUUGAACCAGAUCAGCUCCUCAGUUUGUCUCCGUAGGGAUUUUUUUCUUUCUUUUCCUGUUACCACUCACCCUUUCACUGGAGGAAAAGGGGAGUAAGAAUUUCUUUCCCUCAGCAGAAAUGAGGGUAACAUUCCUUGAGCUGAGCAGGAUUUUGCUAGUCCUGUCCACUUAAACUGUGACAUACGGUAACUGGUAUGAAGGAAGGUCCCUUGCUCAGGUGCCCAGAUUCUGAUUUGGAAUCGUAAGCCUCCUUAGCUGCGCUUUCUCCUACUGCCUCUCCAUGCAGAGUCAGUACCUACGGAUGUGGGACAUAUUCUUUUUUUCUGUCCCGCACCAACAUUAGCAUUUAGGCUCAUGCCAAAAAUCCGGUGGCUUGCAGCCCCCCAUAUUGCUGCUGCGUGGGCAGGUGGCACGCUUUCCCCUGCAACGUUGGGAUGCUUCAGAUCUGGGAAGCGUUCUACGCUGCAUCCGCCUGGUAACAUUUGCUUAGGAUUCUCUAAGAUGAACCAACUCACUUUAUACCAUGGAAUUUGUGUCCUGCUCUCAUAAGGCUCUUACACCCCCCACCCCCCCCAGCCCUAUCAUCAUGUGUCGCCGAGAGGGUAGCCUGGCAGGCUGCAGUGCUCUUGCACAGAGUCAAGUGCAUUUGUUGCAUCCAGCAGCAAGGACUCUGCCAGCCCACUCCAGCGCAUAUUGUUCUCCCCUAGUUCACUUUUCUAUCCCAAGUUGCUGCUACUUUAAAGAGGCCGUGCUCGCGAGUGGACCCUCUGACUAGUCCAGCUAGACACUACAUACUGUUUGCAGCUGUUGCCUCCAAUAGCAUGCUUUGCGAGCGUUUGAUUUCCUUUUAAACUGUGAAAGUAAAGGCCUCCUCCUGUCCUGGAGCCACUAGACAAAGUGCAGAUAAAAAUAACAUGAGCUCUAACCUGGUGCCUUGGAACUUGAGCCCAGAUUCUGCGCUCUGAGUAAUCCAGAUUAAUUCCACUGAGCUCAGCGGAUGACUCUGGCGUUACACUGGUUUAGCUGAGAGCAAAAUGUGGCUCUUAGCUCGCAGAAGAAAAAGGCAACAUAAUAGCGUUGUGGGUUUUAACAAGCUAUAACUGUACACUACACUUGGGAAGUCUUACACAUCCUACAGAUGUAACCAAAUGAAUUCAACUGUUCGUCACUUCCUGUUUUACCCUGCUGCUAUGCACUGUUAAACUGCUGCCGGGUGCUACCCCAGAGGUGGCUUCAUUUUAAAGCAGGGCUUGAGGAUUCUCGGUGGUGCAGUUUUGGGAUCUUCCUGGCAGGAAAAAAAAAGGCUCUUUAGUAAUUAACAUGCAUUUUACUCACUUUCUACUUGGGCAUACAGGCUCUGAUCCUGCUCCUGUUCAGCUCAAUGGUGAAACUCCCAUUGACAAUGUAGUGCAGGAUCAAAUCCACAUUCACCAGUUUUGUACUGGAUGGACUACAGAACUCGCUUCUUCUAUAUAGCAUUCUACA